AUGGGGCCCAAGACACCCCCACAGCUCGCUGGGAAAUGGCAAGUGCUGUGCAUGUUGUCCUUGUGCUGCUGGGGUUGGGUGUCUGGGCACCUUCGUUAUUCAGUGGUGGAGGAGUCAGAGCCGGGAACGCUGGUGGGGAAUGUUGCUCAAGAUCUGGGCUUAAGGGUGACAGAUCUGUUGAACCGCCGACUGCGGCUGGGCUCUGAGGAGAAUGGGCGCUAUUUUUCCCUGAGCUUGACGAAUGGUGCUUUGGCAGUGAAUCAAAAGAUUGACCGAGAGAGCCUAUGUGGAACCAGCACCAGCUGCCUGCUGCCAGUGCAGGUGGUGACUGAACACCCCCUGGAGCUCAUCCGUGUAGAGGUAGAGAUCCUGGAUCUCAAUGACAACUCCCCAAGCUUUGCCACUCCUGAGAGAGAGAUGCGCAUCUCAGAAUCUGCUACACCUGGGGCACGAUUUCCACUGGAUAGUGCCCAGGACCCUGACGUGGGUACUAAUACUGUGAGUUUUUAUACUCUGAGCCUCAGCAGCCACUUCUCUCUGAAUGUGAAGACCCUAAAAGAUGGGAAGCUGUUCCCAGAGCUGGUGCUAGAGCAGCAGCUAGAUCGGGAAGCCCAGGCAAGACAUCAGCUGGUGCUCACUGCUGUGGAUGGAGGUACCCCAGCCCGCUCAGGGACCAGCCUUAUCUCAGUCACCGUGUUGGAUGUCAAUGAUAACGCUCCAACCUUCCAGUCCUCAGUUCUACGUGUAGGACUCCCAGAGAAUGCACCUGUGGGCACAUUGCUGCUCCGCCUCAAUGCUACUGAUCCAGAUGAGGGCACCAAUGGCCAACUAGUCUAUUCUUUUGGAGACCAUACAUCUGAGGCAGUGCGGAGUCUAUUUGGCUUGGACUCUAGCAGUGGAGCAAUCCGUGUAUUGGGUCCAAUAGACUUUGAGGAGUCAAAUUUCUAUGAAAUCCAUGCAAGAGCCCGAGACCAAGGACAGCCAGCUAUGGAGGGCCACUGUGUGAUUCAAGUGGAUGUAGGAGAUGUCAAUGACAAUGCUCCUGAGGUGCUGCUGGCCUCUUUGGUCAAUCCUGUCCCAGAGAGCACACCAAUGGGAACAGUAGUGGGGUUGUUUAAUGUGCGGGACCGAGACUCAGGUAGAAAUGGUGAAGUAAGCCUGGGUAUCUCUCCAGACCUGCCAUUUCAGAUCAAGCCUUCUGAGAACCACUACUCACUGCUCACCAGCCAGCCCUUGGACCGUGAGGCCAUGUCCCAUUAUAUCAUUGAGCUGCUGGCCAGUGACGCUGGCUCACCUCCCCUGCACACCCAUCUCACCAUCAGACUCAACAUUUCAGAUGUAAAUGACAACGCACCCCACUUCAUCCAGCAGCUCUACACAGCUUACAUCCCAGAAAACCGACCUCCUGGCUCCCUUCUCUGCACUGUGGCUGCCUCAGAUCCAGAUACUGGGGAUAAUGCCCGCCUCGCCUACUCCAUUGUAGGGAGUCAGAUUCAAGGAGCGCCAGCCUCCUCCUUCGUGUAUGUCAACCCGGAGGAUGGACGGGUCUUUGCCCAGCGUACCUUUGACUAUGAAUUACUGCAGAUGCUGCAGAUUGUGGUGGGAGUUCGAGACUCCGGCUCUCCCCCAUUGCAUGCUAACACAUCUCUCCAUGUGUUUGUCCUUGACCAGAAUGAUAACGCCCCGGCCGUGCUGCACCCCCGGCCUGGCAGGGAACUCUCAGCCCCCCAGCGUCUCCCUCGCUCUGCUCCUGCUGGCUCCUUGGUGACCAAGGUGACAGCCGUGGAUGCUGACGCAGGCCACAAUGCGUGGCUCUCUUAUUCCCUGUUGCCACAGUCCACAGCCCCAGGACUAUUCCUAGUGUCUGCACACACCGGUGAGGUGCGCACAGCCCGAGCCUUGCUGGAGGAUGACUCUGACACCCAGCAGGUGGUGGUCCUAGUGAGGGACAAUGGAGACCCUUCGCUCUCCUCUACAGCCACGGUGCUGCUGGUUCUGGAGGAUGAGGAUGCUGAGGAAAUGCCCAAAUCCAGUGACUUCCUCACACACCCUCCCGAGCGCUCAGACCUUACCCUUUACCUCAUCGUGGCUCUAGCAGCCAUCAGUCUCUUAUCCUUAGUCACCUUCACCUUCCUGUCAGCUAAGUGCCUUCGGGGCCACGCCGAUGGGGAGGGGGGCGGGGGCCAGUGCUGUGGGCGCCAGGACUCACCCUCUCGGGAAUUCUAUAAGCAGUCCAGCCCCAACCUGCAGGUGAGCUCAGAUGGCACCCUCAAGUACAUGGAGGUGACCCUGCGGCCCACAGACUCGCAGAGCCACUGCUACAGGACGUGCUUUUCGCCGGCCUCCGACGGCAGUGACUUCACUUUCCUCAGGCCCCUCAGCGUUCAGCAGCCCUCGGCCCUGGCGCUGGAGCCUGACACCUUCCGAUCCCGCUCUAAUACACUGCGGGAGCGGAGCCAGCAAGCCCCGCCCAACACGGAUUGGCGUUUCUCCCAGGCCCAGAGACCCGGCACCAGCGGGUAGGCUUCUCAGAAUCAAGGAAUGACAGGGAGCUGGCCAAACGCAGGUUUUAUCACUGUACUUGCUGAUCCUUUCUUUGUCUUUGCAGAGGCUGCUGAUGGAAGCUCCACCCUGGGAGGGGGUGCUGGCACUAUGGGCUUGAGUGCUCGCUAUGGACCCCAGUUCACCCUGCAGCAUGUGCCUGACUACCGCCAGAAUGUCUACAUCCCAGGCAGCAAUGCUACACUGACCAAUGCAGCUGGCAAGCGGGAUGGUAAAACCCCAGCAGGUGGCAAUGGCAACAAGAAGAAGUCUGGCAAGAAGGAGAAGAAGUAGUGUGGAGGCCAGGCCUAGAGCCACAGGGCAGCCUCCCUCCCCAACCAGCUCAGCUUCACCUUACCUGUACCCAGGUCUCAGAAUUCCAGGGCUCACCCCCAGGAUAUUGGUAGGGGCCAAGGCCAUGCUCCCCUUGGGAAACAGAAACAAGUGCCCAGUCAACACCCCCCCUUUCUCUGCCCACAGGGGGAGUUGAAUAUGCAAGGGGAGUUCUGCUGGGAACCCCCAUCCAAUCAAUUGCUGUAUCUGUGGGGGUUGUGGGGGCACGUGUGGACACCAAGUACCAUUUGUCACACGCCCUUUAGUUUCAGCUGAACUCCUCCAUCUUCCAACUCAAUUAGGCCAUUUGUCCCCUGCCUCCCUCCUCCCCAUCCCAUCUUACUCUUAAAAGUUCCCUUGAACAAGGUGGUUGGGGGGUGUUGAGGUACCAGGUAACCUAAACAGGCUCAUGGUUCUGAAGUUGGAAGAGCAUCAUGACCUCCUAGCCUCUCCUUCAGUUCUCAAUUUUCCCCCAAAGCAGGGUUUGUUGCCAACCCUUUCACCUCCUUCUAGAGCAGAGACUCACGGUCAAGUUUUGGGGGAUACAGUCACCAUCCCCAUGGUACUGAUACUUGCUGGAUUUAGGGAAGGCAUUUUGCCACCAAGCCUCUUCCCAAUGCCCUGGGGACCAGUCUUCUGUUUUUCAUUGUUCGAUGUUCCCAAUGCAUGCUGUGACUUCCCUAGCACUCCUCUAACAAGACUACAUUGCAUGUUCUGAGACAGUAGGGGGUGGUAAGAUAAAGAAGGGAAGUGUAUGUAUGUAUAUGGCUGGGGGGGGAUGGAUGAAGGUUGGCCCAAGGUUACCAGGGGCUUGCAGAAGGCUCUGUAUGUCCCCGAAUACUAGCCAAAUCCUCAAAUUCCAGCCAUAAACGCGUACUAGGCUGGAUCCUCCAUCUUCUAUAUUGGGUUCAGCCUAGGCAGCCAGCUUUGGGGGCUGAGCUACCGGGACCAAUGGAUUUAAACUGGCAUUUCAGUCCAAGGAAGCUCUGAGUGGAUUUAGGGUCAGGUCCUCUGGAGAGGUCAGAGGAACCUCUGUGGGUGCUGGGUACUCCAGAGGUGCCCCCCAGUGGAAGGGUCCAUGGAGCCCCAGUGGGAAGGAAGGCCCAAGGAGGCCAUUCUUGAUCCCUAGAUUGGGGCCAAAGGAGCUAGAGCAGGGACCAAAUGGACCGAAAGUCUCAGCCCAUCAUGGGGCUUCUCCAGGCAAGGUCCUUGCCCUCUUCAAGCCUCUUUUAAACUCUCCCUGCCAGGUGCCCUUUCUUCUCGGUGAAGGCCACUGCCCAGGGCCCUCCUCCGCCCCCUAGUGGCCAGAGCCUGGUUAAAGUCCCCCAGUGCCUCCUUGUGUAUAGACUUUCCCCUCCCCACUCCCUUCUGCCCCUGUGGUCCCGCUCAUCCAGCGGGGCCUCUAGAGAACCCUAUCCCAGCCCUUACAGUAUAGUGUAGAGCCCCCUCCCCCGGCUGGUGUAGAAUAGCCGAUAGUGUAGUGCGGUGUGCUUUUACGUGAUGGCGAGUGGGCAGCGGGCGGCAGGCUGGCGCAGCCGUCUGUCCUUGAAUCUGCCUGCGGCGGCCCGUGCUGUGUUUUGUGCUGUGUCCACGCGCUGCGGCGACCCCCCUCCCUGGUACUGACUCUUCUAUAAGCGCUUCUCUUUGCAUAGUCACGUAGCUCCCACCCCCAGUCCCUUCCUGUAUCUCACGCAAGUUUUAUACUCUAAUAUUUAUAUGGCUUUUUUCUUCGAAAAAAAAAUAAUAAAAAGAUUUCUU